AUGGCCUCCAGCGAGGUGACGGAGAUCCACCUCAAGGACUAUGCCGCGUAUCCGUACGACGUCGAGAACGUCACGCUCGAGUUUGACCUCGAGGAGGAGUUCACCGUGGUCACCGCCACAUCCGUGAUGCGCGCCAAGCCGUCGUCCAUCGGCGCGCCCUUGGUCCUCGACGGACGUCAGUCGUUCAUGGAGCUCCUCGCGAUAUACAUCGACGACAAGCCAGUGCCGUCGCGGCUGUGCGCGUUCAACCCGAACGCGGAGGACACGCGGCUCGUCGUCGACUCCGCAGCCCUACCCGCCGACGGCGCGAAGUUCACCCUCGGCGUCGUCACCAAGUUUAAGCCCCAGGACAACCUCGAGCUCUCCGGCCUCUACAAGUCGUCGGGCAACUUUUGCACGCAGUGCGAGGCGGAGGGCUUCCGCCUCAUCACCUACUACCCCGACAGGCCCGACGUCAUGUCCGUGUUCACCACCAAGAUCCGCGCGGAUAAGACCAAGUAUCCGGUGCUCCUUUCCAACGGCAACCUCGUGGGCUCGUGCGACCUCGCGGGCGGUCGGCACAUGGCGGUCUGGGUCGACCCCUGGCGCAAACCCUGCUACCUCUUCGCCCUGGUCGCCGGCGAUCUCGCCGUCGUCGAGUCCGCGUUCACCACCUGCACGGGUAAGACGGUGGACCUGAGGAUCUACGCCGAGCAGAAGAACAUCAGCCGGUGUGAUUUCGCGAUGGAGUCGCUGAAGCGCGCGAUGAAGUGGGACGAGGAGAGGUUCGGACUGGAGUACGACCUUGACCUGUUCAACAUCGUCGCCGUCGACGACUUUAACAUGGGCGCGAUGGAGAACAAGUCGCUGAACCUGUUCAACAGCAGGCUGGUGCUGGCGACGGCGGACAGCGCGACGGACGCCGCGUUCGCGCGCAUCGAGGGCGUCAUCGGUCACGAGUACUUUCACAACUGGACCGGCAACCGCGUCACCUGCCGCGACUGGUUCCAGCUGUCCCUGAAGGAGGGCCUGACCGUGUUCAGGGACCAGGAGUUCAGCAGCGACAUGGGUAGCAGGAGCGUGAAGCGCAUCGGGGACGUGCGGUACCUGAGGGACGCGCAGUUCGCGGAGGACGCCUCCCCGAUGGCGCACCCCGUGAGGCCGGCGUCUUACAUGAAGAUUGACAACUUUUACACCCUGACGGUUUACGAGAAGGGAGCCGAGGUGAUCCGAAUGUAUCACACCCUCCUGGGCGAGGAGGGAUUCAGGAAGGGCACCGACCUCUACUUCGAGAGGCACGACGGUCAGGCUGUGACCACAGACGACUUUUUCCAGGCGAUGUCAGACGCCAACCCCGGGUGCGACAUCGGCAAGUUGAAGAACUGGUACUCCCAGGCGGGGACCCCGACCGUAACCUGCGAGCGCGUAUACGACGCGGGCGCUAAGACGUACUCGCUCACCCUGACCCAGGUCCUACCCAAGACCCCCGACACCGGCGGGGACCAGCCUAAGGUGGCGCAGCUCAUCCCGGUGAAGGUCGGGUUGGUCGACGCGAAGACUGGAAAAGAUAUGGACGUCUCCGGUAACGUUUCCGUGACCUCCGCGGGGUCCACGUCCACCUGCGUCCCGGUCCCGGGUGACGCCGGCUCCGUCGUCCUUCGUUUGAACGACAUGUCCGCCACGUUCACCUUUGCCGGCGUCGAGUCCGAGCCGGUGCCCAGCGUCCUGCGGGGGUUCAGCGCGCCCGUGAAACUCGCCGUGACGCCCGCGCUCACCGCGGAUGAGCUGCUGUUCCAGCUGGCGCACGACUCCGAUCCCUUCAACCGGUGGGAGGCGGCGCAGAAGAUGGCGCGGGAGAUCAUGUGCCGCGCCAUCAGGUCCACGUGGCACGAAGGAAAAACCGAGCUGGCGUCGGACGACGACGCCGCCGAAGCGAUCGUCGCCGACACGGCUUGGGGUAAGUUUGUGGACGCGUGCAAGGGGAUCUUCCGGGACGCCGCCUCCGACGUCGUGGACCGCGCGUGGGUCGAGGAGGCGCUGUCCUUCCCCGGGGUCGGAUCCCUCGUCCAGGAGCUCAAGCCCGUCGACCCGCUCGCAGUGCACAAAGUCGUGAAGCAGUUUUCGAAGCGAUUCGCCCUCGCGUGCUCGGACGAGAUCGAGGCGUGCUACGCGACGUGCAAGGCGGAGGCGGCCGCGUCGGGCGAGUACCUCGUGGACGAGACGCAGACGGCGCGCAGGUCGCUGAUGGGAUACUGCAUGGCGCUCAUGGGCGCCGCGGGCCACGGCGGGGAAGACGCUUCCGAGCUCGCCGCCGCCGCUAAAACCGCUCGCAACAUGACGGAGACUGUCGCCGCCCUCGGCGCGCUCAACAGGCAUCCCACCGCCAAGUCAGCGCGCGACGCGGCGUUCGACGCGUUCAAGCAGAAGUGGCGCGACGAUAACAACGUCAUAUGCACCUACCUUUCCCUCGUCGCCGGUAACUCCGGGUACGGCGCGUCGCCGCUUACAGAGGUCAAGGCGACGAUGGCGGAUGAGUCCAUGUACUCGCACAAGAUUCCCAACAAGUUCUACUCGCUGAUCGGGGGGUUCGCGCGCGGGAACACCCCGGGGUUCCACGCCGCCGACGGCAGCGGGUACGUCUUCCUGGCCGAUUGCCUGCUGGCGAUGGACAAGACCAACGCCAUAGCGGCAUCCAGGCUGGCCAAGCCGUUCACGGAGUGGCGCCUCUACGACGCGCCGCGCCAGGCGCUGAUGAAGGGGGAGAUGCACCGGAUCCUGAAGGCGGAGCCGUCGCCCAACAUGUUCGAGAUCAUGACCAAGUCGUUGGCGUGA